UUGUGGCGUGUGGUUCGUUUCGUCACUGAACAUGAGUUGAAUAGUGUUUUCUGGCCUGAUUCCGCCAUUAUUACUCAAAAAAUCUUCGUUCUCAUUAUUUUGAUAUAUUGUGCGAUACCAAACAUUCGCGUCACGUAAAACAAUUCGUAUAUCGCGGCAGUUGUGUUCCUGGAGAGUGUUUGCGAAGUGUAUCAUUUCCUGUUUCGUAUCACACAGAAACAAUCAACUGCGGCGGCUAGCGUACUCUUUUCAUUAUCACGUGGGUCAAAUUUCGAAUUAUGUGUCUCUGUGUAGUGAAUUCCCAAUGUUUGUUAUUUACCCUAAAUGGAAGAUAAUAACGUGUCGUCCAAAAAACACAAAGACCGGCUUGUAAUCCGACAUAAACGUUGUGUUUUUCAGAAACGCGCGGAUCUGCUCUCAUUCUCACUGUAUUGAAGCGCCAUGGAACCGGCGGGCGAUUGAUUACUCGAAGAAUGAGCGCGUCACAUUGUGAUUCAGUGCAGUGCAGUGUUGUGUCAGUGACUUGUGAACAUUUAGUGCCGUGGGAGUGUUAUAUAAGGGUCGGGAUGGUCGGGAGCCCGCCGUGACGCGUCGGGCGCCGGCGUCCGAGGCGGGCGAGGCUCGUGACAUGGCCCCGGCGCUCUCGCUACCGCCCCGAGAGCCCUACGACCACGACGCGGCCCUCGAGACCGACAAGCAGCUGUCCCAACGGAGACGGGCGCUCGCGCCCGUCGAUAACCUCUCUACCCCCAUGGAGGAAGACGACAUGGGUCUUCAAAACCAACCCAGUCUUGCAAAAGACUCCCAGGAAAUGGAGCAAAUCCUGGUAGACCUAGGUAGCAAUGAUUUGGUUCAAGCCGAUUUGCUACAGGCCAUCAAAACCCUCGAGACCGGGGGUGAUGUACUGUCAACAGGCGACCCUGAUGGCAUUUUUCCAUUAGCUGGCUUUGAUUUAGCUGAAGGUGUUGAUUCUGAAGGAGAUGCUGCUGAAGACAAAAUAAGGCUUAUGCAGGCACGUCUUGACAGACGAUGUGCUUUUUUGCAAAGACGAUUAAGAAUCCUUCAAGCCAGAUCAAUUGGGAAGAGAGUAUCGGAAGAGGCUGCUCAAACAUUCGAGAAAUGUACACGUGGUGCAAGGAAAGAUGGUGGUGGGAGGCCAAUGGGUCUAAAAGCUCUGUUGAAGAGGAUAGAGACUACUUCAGCUCUCCAGGCGAGUGCUGCAGCCCGUACAGUGGUUGGUCCUAAGUACUAUCAUGCCGGGUCAUCAAAAGGUGAUGCUUCAAGAUCUGCAUCAAUUGGCAUUUCAUCGGGGACACUGACGGGCCUGCAGGACACAGCUGGGGCUCUGCGGUCACAUCUGUCUGUGGUGAAGCACGAGCUGGACUCAGAUGCAACAGCCUCUUCCUCGGGAGCUGAGAGCAAUGAUGAAGCAGUCACAUACAACAAUGUACACCAACAACACAUGCCUAUUGAGAAACGCGCGUUGUGGACUUGGCAGAGAAACCGGGCAUCCAUUGCGUCUCGCUGGAGCUGGCUUCAGGCACAAAUUCAGGAGCUGGAGUACAAGAUUCGUCAACACAACGACCUUCAGAAACAGGUUCGCGAACAAAAAGGCGCUGUGGAAUUCGAAGGCGAGCCUGUGAGCGAGCCGUGUGAACUUGAGACGCUCCCAGACGACGCGCCUGCGCUUGAGACCUGCGCGAGAGUGCGGCCGCUGCGCCGCGACACCUUCAGGAAGCGCAAGCUGCUGCAAAUGCACAACCUGCACAUCGCCACCAACAAGGCGGCUAAGCCCAGCGACAUCAGAUGCAGCUGCACGUACGAGGUGGAGUCGUGCUCAGUGUGCACGGGCCGCGCGGAGCCCACAGAGCCAGCGCCGCCGCUGUCCACCCUGGCGCCGGCCGAGCGCGUGGCGCGCGUCGACCCGGGCUUCCACGCGGUGCUCUCCGAGCCCAAAGACAUCCUCCCCAGCGUGCACAUGUGGUCCCUGCUGCCGCGCUCGUGGUUCCGGCCGCGCUGGCAGGCGGCCGAGCCGCGCCGCCCCGCGCCGCCCCGCCUCGCCGCCACGCACAAGCACACGCGCCGACACCCCACACGACUGAAAAGAGGCAGACCGCCACUAUCACGGAAGAUACGAGAGAGAGAACGGGACGAGGAGUCUACUUCAUACGAGAGACGCGGCGUGGGCCGCGCGAGCACGGAGUCCCGCGCGCGGCGGCAGUCGUAUGACAUCGACAACAUCGUCAUACCGCAGAGCGUCGCUGCCAACACACGGCCCAUGAUCCUCACCUACAAGGAAAUACUUACGCCCAAGUGGCGAGUUCUAGACCUACCUGAAGUGUCUCUAAACAACGGCGUCGUCAAGUCUAACCGGGUGUCGACUGAAAGUGAGGACGAGGACGUGUCGGAGGCGGCGGUGGCGGCGCGGCACCAGCGCGCGGAGUGCCGCGAGCGCGCGCGCUACGUGCGGGCCGCGCGCCCGCGCCGCGCGCACCACGACGCCGCGCCCGCGGCCCCCGCCGCCCCCCACACGCCGCCCCCGCCGCCGCCUACGCUCGCCGCGCCCGACCCGCCCACCAUCAACGAGGCAGUGCGGCCGUACACGCCGCGUCAGUUCCCGCUCCGCGAGGAGACGUACCAGAGCAUGGUGCAGGCCAUGCCGGAGGGGUACCGGCGCUCCCCGGACCACACGCCGCCCUCGCCGCGCUCGCCGCACUCCGCCCGCGACGAUGACGACGACAACUCCAGCACUCUAUCCCCCCUCUCCCCGACCCCCUUCGACGGAGACGACCCCGACGAUGUCGAAUGGGACCCCAGUGCUGAAAAGAGCGAACGGCGGAAAAGCUCCUUCAGAUAAACUGUGAGUUUUGAAGCAGUUUCAUUAUUGUAUUUUCCACCGUGAACAUUUCGCGACAAGUGUCAAGGUUCCAAGUGAUGUUCGUGCUCACAAGUUGGAACUAAAUGCUGUCAAUGUAAGAACUUUGAGGGUACGCGUACAUUUUCGUCGCCAUAUAGAAAAAAACCACGUAAGCGCCUUUUUGAACUCACAUUUGGGUGUCAUUUUUGUUAACAAAACCUUGCAAUAGACAUUUUUUUUAGUUUUUUUUCCCCGAAGGGCAAGGCAAAGGGGACUAUGCCCAUACAGCCAUGUCUUAUGUAUUUUUAUCUUGAUGAUGAUUAAUGAAAUGAUGAAAGGUGAUGACGAUGAAUGAUGAAACCUAAGCCUUGGAGCACACUCCUACUCAAACCCCAAACGAAUUAACUCAAAAGUCCGCAUAAACUUUCGAGUUAUGAAGCGGCUUGGCACAAAGCGAAAAUAGAUAGGUACACUUUGUUUAUUGAAUAUUCCAAUAUCGCGAAAGUUUCCCGACUAACUUAAUGCGAUCAUUAACCACAAAACACGUAUUAAUUAUUUAGAUUACUCAAUGAAGAAAGCAACCGUCGCGUUCCCGCCAAAAAGCCGCAAAAGAAAACCAAAUUCCAAGUUAAUUAAAAGUUUGUAGUGUUAAUCUAUACCUGAAUGAAAUAAAUUGAAAGAAAUGGGUGAAUAUCAAAAUGUGUCAAGUUUGGUGGCGACUGUCAUAUAUUUUUUUCGUGAAAAAUUGGGAAAAUUGGGAAUUGAAAAAUUCUUUUUUCAUGUCGGAACCGAGGAUCCUUUUGGAUCUUUUUCAUGUCGAAACCCAAUUUUUCACGAAAAAAUAAUAUGAAAUUUCGCCACCAAACUUGAAAUUUUGAGAUUCACCCAAAUGUGAUUUUUUCAAAAAGAUGCAUAAGUGGUUUUCACUGUGAGGCGACUUUAUGCUGGGCUGCAUCGCAAUGAAUUGCUUCUAUGCAUUACAAAUGCUAUGUAGCCUGACAAUAUGUGCUCACCUUUAGAAGUAGGCGAUAUUCGCUUGGAUUAAUAACUUAGACUAGGAGUUUACGAUAUAAGAUAUAUUAGAAGUUCGUAGAUAAUGCUGCCGAUUCGAACGUUCACCAACUUGAUUUUAAUAUUGACAGGAUUAAAAUUAGCUCUAUUUCUUUCGUGCACGUAUUGUAUGUGAAGGGCGGCACUACUUUAAAAGCUGUCAAACUUUUUUAGAAAUUAGGUUAAAAUUGUGUGCGGCCGAAUAUGCACCGCUAUCUAACGCACAGGCUGCGGUUAUGUAAGACCCGCUGUAGUUGUCAUUGAACAUCUUGUAAUAGGGUAGUUUCCAACUAAUCAAAUCAGUUACAUUUUACUAAACGUCACAACACGAAAUUACUAUGGAAUUUGUAUGAAAAAGCAACUGUGACGUCAUCGAAAAACGUGACAAAACGUCGCACUUAUUACAUUUUUCUUUAUUAAAAAAAUCAUAAAUAAGUUAAAUAGAAAAAAGAAAACGUUUUUUGUUACCUUUAGGAUCUGUCUUUAUUUAGUAAUAACAAUUUCAUAAUUUAUCUUUAACCUACGAAACUACCCAAUUGUACGAAAAAUAUUUAAACUCCACAAGAAUUUCCAGUAAUCAGCUGUUUAGCGCUAUCCAAGAUUUAUUGUCUACUUCAAAAUUCUGUAACUUCGCUCAUAACAAA